AUGUCCGUGACUGAGGAGGCGAUUCUCGGAGGCCGUGGCAGCCAUCCUUCUGCUGGUGGCAGUUCUGUGUUAUGCUUUGGACAGUGUCAGUACACAGCAGAAGAGUAUCAGGCCAUCCAGAAAGCUCUGAGGCAAAGGCUGGGCCCAGAAUACAUCAGUAGCCGAAUGGCUGGAGGCGGCCAGAGGGUAUGUUACAUCGAGGGUCACAGGGUAAUUAAUCUGGCCAAUGAGAUGUUUGGUUACAAUGGCUGGGCACACUCUAUCACACAGCAGAAUGUGGAUUUUGUUGACCUUAACAAUGGCAAGUUCUACGUGGGAGUCUGUGCAUUUGUGAGAGUCCAGUUGAAGGACGGCUCAUAUCAUGAAGAUGUGGGCUAUGGGGUCAGUGAGGGCCUCAAGUCAAAAGCCUUGUCUUUGGAGAAGGCAAGGAAGGAGGCGGUGACAGAUGGGCUGAAGCGGGCGCUGAGAAGUUUUGGGAAUGCACUUGGAAAUUGUAUUCUGGACAAAGACUAUCUGAGGUCACUAAAUAAGCUUCCACGCCAGUUGCCUCUUGAAGUGGAUUUAACUAAAGCAAAGAGACAAGAUUUUGAACCCUCUGUGGAACAAGCAAGAUACAGCAGCUGCCGGCAGAACGUGACUCUGGGACCCCCGAAACCACAGGAGGUGACCUCCCCUUGCAAACCAAGCUGCUCAGAUGAUCCCCACCUCGUGAAACAGGAAGACAAGGCCGGCAGCUCCCGAAGCCUGGCCUCCGCCAUGGAGAGCGAUGCCACGUACCAGCGGAAGCUCCGGCAAAAACAGUUGCAGCAGCAGUUCCGGGAACAAAUGGAGAAACAGCAAGUGCAACUAUCUGCUCCAUCAGUGGAAAAGAAGAAUCAGGCCGCACCGCCAGCACUUCCUGUGAAGCACAGCACCCCCAUAACUGUUUCUGAACCACACACGGAGAAAGACUUCCUCACAGACAGUCUUGGAAUGUGGGAUAUGGAUCCAGAUGCAGAGGACAGUGAUGUGAAGCCCUUGUCUAGGCCAGAACCACUCCAGACCCCUGCCACACCAGUCCUGAAACACCAGGUGGUGACCUGGAAUAGGACCCCACAGGACCUCUGUCACCAGGAUCCACAAGCAAAAUCUGGACCCAGGCAACUCCAAACUCACAACAGUAACCAAGAGAUAACAGUAAACUGUGAUUUCUAUGACAAGAACCAAGACUUGAAGAAAAGGAAACUGGAUCCAUCUUAACUGAGGCUCCGGUCACAUC